GAAACGCCCCUGCGUAGAAACAAACAAAGGAGCGUGGGAACGCUUUUUUGAUGAAGCACUGGGAUGAAGGCUCCCGAGCGCCCUGCCAGAGAAAAAGGCUAUAUGGACUCCCACGCGGCACGUUCAGUGACGUAAAUUUAACAUGGCGGCCUCCUUGUUUCGACAGGGACCGAUGUGGAUGAGUAGAUGAUUCAAUCUGAUAUCAAGAUUAUAGUAGUUUUGAAAGCGGUCAUAACGAUCCUGUCAUUUUUUUUUUGAUAAUCGCAGUGUCACAGAGUCGCCCACGGUGACUGCUUGUCACCAAAUGAAGGAAAACAAAGAGAACUCUUCUCUGGGGAGUUUUACUGGAAGCCUGGACCACAUAAAGCCAUGCUGGUACUGGGACAAAAAGGACCUGGCCCACACCCCGUCCCAGUCAGAGGGCCUCGACCCAGCCACAGAGGCCCGGUACCGAAGAGAGGGAGCUAGGUUUAUUUUCGACGUGGGCACUCGGCUGGGCUUACACUAUGAUACCCUGGCAACAGGUAUCAUAUACUUCCAUCGCUUCUACAUGUUUCACUCUUUCAAGCAGUUUCCCAGAUAUGUUACUGGUGCUUGCUGCCUCUUCUUAGCCGGUAAGGUGGAGGAGACCCCAAAGAAGUGCAAAGACAUCAUCAAAACGGCUCGCAGCCUGCUCAACGAUGUGCAGUUCGCUCAGUUUGGAGAUGAUCCAAAGGUGUUCCAGCCAGGAAACACAGAACUACAUAGUGCAUAUCCUGGAUGGCUAGUGGGAAAGACUCAGGAGGAGGUGAUGGUGUUGGAGAGGAUAUUGCUUCAGACUAUUAAAUUUGACUUGCAAGUGGAGCACCCGUACCAAUUUCUCCUACGCUAUGCCAAACAACUGAAAGGUGACAAAAAUAAGGUGCAGAAGUUGGUUCAGAUGGCGUGGACAUUUGUAAACGACAGCUUGUGCACCAUGCUGUCCCUCCAGUGGGAGCCAGAGAUCAUUGCGGUGGCCGUCAUGUACCUGGCGGGCAGGCUGUGCAAGUUUGACAUCCAGGAGUGGACGUCCAAGCAGUCCUCCAGACGCUGGUGGGAGCAGUUUGUCCAGGACGUGCCCGUGGAGCUGCUGGAAGACAUCUGCCACCAGAUCCUGGACCUGUACUCGCAGGGCAAGCAGCCCAUCCCUCAGGCGCCCACGGGCCCGGAGAAGGAAAAGGUCCCCAUGCCAUCCCUGGGUCCCCCGCCCAGCCAGGCGCCCAGUAUCUCCAACCCGCCCGCGCCUCCCCCGCCUAAGAAGGCGUCUCCCCAAGCCAGCCCGCCGCGCCAGCUCAAACGCCCACACAUAUCACCUAAAGAAGAACCAAAACCUCCAGAGCAAGUUGGCAACAAAAUCCCGCGUCUCGAGAGUCCCAUGCCCCCCCUGCCAACCCCUCAGCCCCCACCUGAGCGUAAGGCCCCACCUGCCGCUCCGGCGCCCCCGGUGGAGGCUGAGCCGGCCGUCUCGAGUGACUGCGGGGACAUGGCCAAGGGCCCCCCCCCUCCGCCCCAUGUGGCCCCGCCUCCUCUGCCGCACCGCCCGCCACCCCCGCCCCCCUCCAACUACAUCAUGGGCAUGUCCACGUCCAGCUCCUACAUGUCGGGCGAGGGCUUCCAGAGCCUGCAGUCCAUGAUGAAGGAGCCCUCGUACGCUCCCAUGCCCCCAGCCUACGGCCCGCCGAUGCCCUACCACCCGCACGGCUACCCGCCCCCCAAUCCGCCCCCGCCGGGGCCGCCACCCCCUACCUCAUACCCCCCGCCUAACCUGCCCCCUCCCUCCCCUGCCUACCCUCCACCUGGGUACAACCACAGCUACCCUCCACCGCCGCCCCGGAUGCCCCCCUCUCACUCUGGGCCACCGCCUGGCAUGGGCCUCCCUCCUACUGGGUACCCACCCCCUCCAGUGCCCCAGGCCCAGGUGCCCCUGCCACCCCCUGGCAUGCCUCCGGUGCCUGGGAUGACCCGUGGGGCUUGGAUGAGAUGAGAUGAGAGGGGAGAAGAGCAGAGCAGCUCAAAGGGAGGAGGUGAGGUUGAGUACCUGAGCAACCAACCCGCACCCACCUGUGUAAAUGCUGUUUAUUCAAAGAGAGUUGCACAGGACCAACAGACCAUGACCAUGGACGAACCACAAACGGGGCAACAGUGAACCUUAUAGAACCAAGCCCAAUAGUGAGCUCUGGGACCGCACACACACAUGGCAAGCCUGCCUCUGGGUCCAAACGGACUGGAAUGGAACACACCACAGAGCUUCAUGGAUGACUCAUCACUGCUACUGGAUGCAGGCUGAAUUUGUCUUUUUUUUAGUUUUUUUGCCAUGCAACAUUGCCGUGUUAUUGUCAUUCCAUGUUUUAGGGAUGUGUGGAGAGAGGAGAGAGAGAAUAAAAAAGUAACUCUCAUGCCACGUGGUGUAAGAUGUAGGAAGUACGUUGGCCACACGUGUGAAGUGCUUUCUGACCUUCUUUUCAUCUUAGUUUGCUAACUGAAGUCUUUCUCUAUGUGCUUUUUUUUAAGUACCAUUUCACCCAAAAAAAAGUACUGUCUUCUCCCCUAAACAUUUUGCCAACCCUUUGCUUUACUGUUCUCACUCACGCAUCCAGGGUACUGAAGCAAAAAUGUACUGUAGCUUGUUUAGCACUCAGAAUCUCAUUGGUCGUCUCUCAUGUUUGUUUUCUCUUUUUUGUAAAUAUAGUCACUGAAAAUCAGAUAAGUCACCCUUUUUAUUAGCUAGUGGUAUUUUCCAUAUGUGCCUUAGGAAUAGGCUGUAAUGUGAUAGGUAGGCAGCCUGCAGUACCCUCUGACCCCCUGCACACAGGACGUCCUGCUUUUCUGAUUCUGUGGCACUUGGAUAAUUAAAAAUGACAGUUUUGUUUUC